AUGGCGUCUUUUAAGGAACUGAACGACCGCCUGACGAAGCAGUCGUACGUGUCUGGCUACACCCCAAGCACCGACGAUGAAAAGCUCUUUCGCGAGAUCUUUGGCGACAAUGCAAACGUAGUUCAGUGGGCUGCGCGCAUGGCGACGUACUACCCUAGCGAGCGCGCUAAUAUGCAGCGCCUACCUGUUGAGUCGGAAGACUCCUCGGAAAUGAAGUAG